GGCCCGGCGCUGGUACGAGAAGCGCCGCGGCUGGUUGUUAUGGAGACGGGCUGCUACAAUCUCUCCAAAGGGUUCGCGGUUUCACCCUGGAGGACUGCUCCAGGACGGAUUUAAUUGGGUGUACUAAAAAGGCCGUAUCCCCUGGGCCACUCGCCGGUCUUCUUGCGGUCUGCUACUGGAAGACUCUGACGAAAAAAUAAACAAAGACGACACCGAGAAUGACCGAGUAUGACUGGGAUAAGAAAAGUACUUCAGCUUCAAAGUCAGACACAGAAAUGAAACCGGAGCAACUGCCUACUUGUGUGAACCCUGGAAAUCCUGUGUUUUCCUGCAUGUUGGAUCCAAAGACACUCCAUACAGCAACCUCACUAUCACAACCUAAGAUGGUCAUGUAUAAAACCAGUUCAAGUGCUUAUGGUGGAUUUUCACCUAUACCGCAGUUUUUUCCCUGCAAUUAUACUCCAAAAGGGCAAGAAUUUUCAAGUCAUAUCAGAGCUACUGGAUUUUAUCAAAAUAACACUCUAAAUACUGCACUUGACAGAAGCAGAACCCUUGAUUUUCCUAAUUUCCAACACACUCUAUGAAAAUGUAUUCCUUUGUAUAGUUAAGAGAAAAUAAACUCAGGAAAAAAUGAAUUUUAAGACUAAGGCUAGAAUUCCUAAUUUGAAAUAUAAAAAUAUUUGAAUUUAAAGAAUAUCUUUAAGAAAUGAAGCAUUUCACCUGAUAACUGAGUGAUAUGGACUUAAAAAAAAAAAUCCUCACCCAAGAAUACAGUUUAUUGAUUUUAGAGAGGGAGGAAGGGGGAGAGACAGAGAGAUACAUCAAUGUGAGAAGUACUGAUCGGCCACUUCCCACACACGCUCCAAGCAGGGAUAGAACCCACAACCUAGGUAUGUGAUUGGGGAUUGAAACCGCAACCUUUUUCAGUGUACAGGACAACACUCCACCCAGCUGAGCCACCAGCCAGGGCUGACAUUGACUUCUUAAAUACAAAUGUGUUCAGAAAAGCAGCAUAAAAGGUAGAAGCAUUUUUGUACAUCCUUACUUUAUGUAUUACAUGUACGCCCCACACAUCAAAAACUUACAUGAUCUCAAUUGUCUAUUGAGUAUAUUUAUCACGACAACACGGGAGCUCU